GUGGUGGCAGUGGUUGAGACUUUGGCAUUGCCCUGGCACUGCUUUUAGUAGUGAGUGUGAGGCGGGAGUGGCUGGUGGUGGCAUGCAACGAGUGCCGCUCUUCACGGACGGAGCACUACCAAGGAAAGAUAACCCGGACAGCACACACAAAUCUUCUCCCCCGAAGCCUUCACUGAGUCAUAAAAUCCGCCGUAGAGUUUAAAUCAGACGGCAUUCGGAACAUUCUCCAGGGGUCAUGCAGCGUCUCUGGACCCGCCAAGUAGUGCCUUCAGUUGGUGGCUCUGCAGAACUCCUCAUCUGACUCUCGCUACCCUCAGCUUGCUCCUCCUGACGUGUUAAUCAUUUCGUUAAACUCUCCCCCAUUAGCGCCAAGAUGACCUUCAGUUUCCCCAGGAGAGAGAAGAGAAUAGGCUACGAUUAUGUCACCCCUGUACGAUUGUGGGAAGAAGAGGACAUUGGGGCCAAGGUAGUAGAUCCCCACCAGAAUUUCGACGAGGAGGUGGUGGACCCCAAUCACGUGUACAGCAAUUGGCACCUCCUUCCUGACCUUCUGCUGGAGAGGAUCUUUCAGUUCCUCACACUGUCAGAGAGGCACACUGCAUCCCAGGUGUGCUACAACUGGAGCAGGGCAUUCGACUUUCCUCGUGUCUGGUACACUUUUGAACUCUAUGACACCUUACUCACCAAGCGCAAGUUCAAUUACUGUGCAGGAUGGCAGAAACUCCUGGACCACAUCCGAGCAAGUGUGUUCCUCACCAAGAAGGGCAGUCACAUCCGCACCCUCAUCUUCCAGCCCAUGAACAAUCUCUUCAACCUGUACGAGUUCCUCAACAUCAGCCUGUACCUGCACCACCACUGCCCAGGCACCCUUAACUAUGUCCACACUGUCAGAUUCCAGUUUGCCUGCCAUGUGAUAGACCGUUCGGAGGAGCUGGUGUUCGGCACAGGGGGUCAGAUCUUGGCCAUGUUCAAGCAGGUGAUGGGGGUGUUUGCCAUGCUGCACACCCUGGAGCUGCGUGACCUACUGCUGGAUGGCUGCGAGGGCAUGACACUCCUGGAUGAUGUGUGUGUGACGUGCUGCGAGACACUCAAGACUCUCGUGCUGAUCAACCUGACAAAGAUGAGCCACCCCAUCCUCCACCCAGCAGCCUUUGUUAACCUGAAGACGCUCAUCAUUUCCCCACAGAACAUAAGUGAUGACCUGAUGGAGCUGAUUGGCCAGUCGAGGCUGCGUAACCUCCACAUCGUGCAGAACAAGUACACAGAACACGGCAAGUCUCUCAGCUAUAAGGUGUGGAAGGUGUGUCGCCGCAGCAACCCCUACCUGCGGGUGCACCUGCAAGUGGAGGGACCCUGCAAGAAGGAGAUCAUUUGGCAACCCCGAGCGGCUGUCAAGAGUGUUGUUUAUGACUCCCCAUAUGCUAAGAUCAGCCCCUGCAUCAUGAUGGCCACUGUGGAAAUGUACAAGCAGGACCUGGAGGUGUUUGCCCACAUGCAGCUCCCUCGCUUCCACAUGCCCAGUUCCUUCCAUGAGAGGGCCGACUCCUCCCUGCUGCUCCUCGUCCGGCAGGCUCCCUACAUCCACACCCUGGUGGUGAGGGAGAAGGUGUCCACUGCAACAGUCCUCCUUCUGGCACACACCGCCAAGAAUCUGAUCUACUUCUAUAUCCGAAGGAAUGCCAUCAUGCUCAAGGCAGACUGGCCGUACAAUCCUGACUGGACACCAGAGUUCUAUGCGUGGCUGUGCAAGAAUGCGCGGUCAUACGAGGCGAUGGAGAGGGAGGUGUCACAGAUCCUGGGGCACCGCUGGCAGGCACUCACCGACAAGCAGUUCAAAAUGAUCAAGCUGGACCUCAACAAGAGUCUGUACUUGUAGCAGCUGCGGGAGAGCUGAAGUGAGGCUGACAUGCAUGAACUGAGUACUUGUGAUGGUGCUGGUCAAUUGCAUUAUUAGCUUUAUUUUGUUGCUGUUAUGAAUUUUGAAUUUUUAUGUACCUAUAUGAAAUUUGUGUGAUAUUUUUAUACUCUUUUGUGAUACCUGCAUUUAUUUUGAGUUCAGGCAUCGUAUUAAGUUUUAUAUUGAUUGAUACAUAUAUAUAUUUGAUUUAUACAAUGUAGGCAUGUAUGAAAGCCUUAAUUUGCUAAGGGAUACUGCAGGGUAUGUUUCCAGUGCUGUAUAUGUGUUGAUUUUAGUGCUGAGGUGCUGAACCAGAGGCACAAGCACUCCAAAUAUUAUCCGGGGAUCUGAUAGUUGUAAUGGUCCUGUCUGAGGUGCUUGGCUUUGGUGUCCCAGUCUGGGGUUCAGUCCUUGGCAGGGCCUCCUCAUGGUAAAAUUAUUCCACCUUCAGAUUAAUUUCCCACUGUUUCUAUUAAGUAACCAGUGAAGGUGUUGCAAUGGUUGAAGCUGCUAAUUUCAACGAGCAAAAAAAAACAAAAAAACUUCCAGACAUUGAAAAGUCAGUCUCAUCAGUCUUCUCUUAAAAACUUUCCACUUUUGUCAAGUUUUGAAGAAGAACAAAUUAACUGCUGUUCUUAUUUUUUUUUCUUUUUAUUUUUUUUUUUGCAUAAUAGUAUGUUUCCCAAAGUGCAGGAUAAGUUAAAUGUUGUGCCUAUCUUGGUGUCUCAGAAAUAUGCCAGUUUGUAACACAUUUCUCCAUGUUUCCCACAUAUAGUGAAAGGUGACUAGUGGAAGGGGACAGAGAGGACUUUGAAUAAUGCCCCUGCAAACUUUCAUUUCCAUGCAGAAGAAAAGAAUCUGAAGGAGGUAGGUUAAUUUUUUUAUCAUUGUGAUGCUUUCUUUUUUUCACUUUUGCCUUAAAUAGCCCACUUUGUUGUAUGCAAGAGAAGGCAAGUUGUAUCCAGAGAGAGAGAGAGAGAGAGCAAUUUAGCAUCAAGUCUGCCAGAUCCUUUUAAAUCAUUCUCCAAGCUCACAGCUUGGCUUUUUAUCAUCAAAGAAUACACUUGAUUCAUUUUUCAGUGUUUGCUGGCCUCCAAUACACACAUUACCUGAUUGUUAUUCCGUUAACCUUGCUCACUGUAUUAAUGUGCUGAAAUUAUAAGAUUUAAAUGUCAGUUGAAAGGAGCUUGGGGAUCAGUGAGUAUUGUGGGAUAGGGAUUAUAAUAUGGUUGUUAGGGAGAAGACUCAACUCUGUUCUUAUCUUGGGUUGAAAUAUUACCAUCUCAUGUACCAUUUAAACCUUUCACUGGUAAAGAGACUGAUGCUAUUUCAUUUCAAUAAUUAUAGUUUUAAUGAACACAAAUUAAAGUAAAGGCAUUGAACAAUUUUAAUUUACCCAUUACUUCUUUCCUCUCACUGGCUUCUAAAUUAUACUGCAGACUUGUGCUAGAGAAUUUCAUGAAGUUAUUAGCAAUAAAAGGAUUAAUUCAAUAGAUGCAUUGCCAUUUUUUGUAAGGAAAGUGUACAAAAUUAUACUUUGACUUGCACUGGAUGAUUUCAUGUAUUUAUUAGUAGGAAAAGGAUUCAUUCACUAGGUACAGCCAUUUUUUUGUAAGGAAAGGGUAAAUGAACAUCUGUUUACAUUUAUUUAUUUAUUUACAGAAAUAGAUACUAGUCAAUAUAUGCAUAUAAACAAA